AUGUCGUCGCACAAGAACGUCAAGCUUGGCCCUCACGUGUCGCCACACCAACGUGAACUGUUGGUGGCGUUUAUGGAGGGCCAUCCCUAUCUUGUGCGGGCAUCGUGUGCACUCACACCGGAGUGCACGGUGGAGCGGAGGCGGCAGCUUUGGAGUGAGCUCGCCGCCCUGCUGAACACUGAGGGCCCGGCCGCCAAGACAGCCGAACAGUGGCAGGUCUUUUGGCGGAAAGAAGUAUUUCUUUCCCGCCGAGAUGCCGCCACAGCUUCCGCAAGUCAAAGCGGCACGGGUGGUGGCCGUCUGCCCGGCCUUCGUGGCCGUAUCAUCGCCCUAGUGGGCACCUCCACGGUUACCGGAGUGUGCGAGGCUUUUUACCAACCACUCGACGAGCCCGCCAUGGAGGUGACCGUGGAAUCUGUGGGCACCACCGCAGGAACCAGUGGCCUUUCACGUGAAGGAGCACUGCAGCAGCCAGGAGUGGGCCCUGUUGAGCCACUGCCCCGAAGCCCUCCAGCCACUGCACAGCCUGCAGCUGGCCCUGGCGGAGUGAGAACCAGCUACCAACCCCGGGUGCAGCGCCGGUCGCGAGGCCCUCGUCGGGCGUCCCACCGGGACGCCUUGGUCGAACGGCUCGCGGAUGACUCGCGGCUCGCGGAGCACAACGUGAAACGGCGAGCAUUCUCAACAAAUGCACUCGGAUCAAUCAAAAUUAAAACAGCACUAUUUAUAUUUAUCACAGCGCAGGCGCAGCAUUUAAUUUCACUGUGA